AUAUCUAGUCGGAUUCAGUUAAAGGAAGCACACUGAUCGCGUUGCUUGCGGAGGUUCUCUUGAAACAUGCCUAAGUUUUACUGUGACUAUUGUGAUACCUACCUUACACAUGAUUCGCCUUCAGUAAGGAAGACUCACUGCAGCGGUCGAAAACACAAAGAAAAUGUGAAAGAUUACUAUCAGAAAUGGAUGGAGGAGCAAGCGCAGAGCUUGAUUGAUAAAACAACGGCUGCAUUUCAGCAGGGAAAGAUUCCUCCCACACCUUUCCCAGGUGGACCCCCCCCUGCUGGACCUCCACGCCCAGGUAUGCUACCAACGCCACCAAUGGGAGGCCCCCCUAUGAUGCCCAUGAUAGGGCCUCCACCACAUGGGAUGAUGCCCGGUGGGCCUGGCAUGAGGCCACCAAUGGGAGGACCGAUGCAGAUGAUGCCUGGACCACCACACAUGAUGCGUCACCCCCGUCCCAUGAUGAUGCCGGUCAGACCAGGAAUGGCUCGCCCAGACAGAUAAGGCUGAGGGGAGGCUUUGUUGUGAUGAACAGAUUCUGUCCAGUGAAAACACUUGGAUUCUUUUUAAAUUCAGUCGUAAACCUUGAACACAAAUCCUUUUUAAUUGACAUAUUUGAUUUUUUUUUUUUUUGGGGUUUGUUUUUGCUCCCUCUGCUAUUUAUACUAUUCACCACAUGUGGAAUAGUUUCAGGUUCUUUUAUGAAACAACCGAAGACUUUAUAAAACAACAUCCUCAGUUUUAG